GCUAUCCUUGAUACCUGUGAUUCUGGAACUGGAACACAAGCAGGUCCAUAUAUUAUAGGCCAUCGCAUGGUUUCCAAUACAGAUAAGUCUCUCUCUCUUUCUCUCUCUCUCUCUCUCUCUCUCUUUUUGUUUUUUUGGGGAGCAAACAGACAAGUGUUUCAUGCGCUCGUCACUUUUUCUUUCUUUUUUUUUUUUUUUUGGUGACUUUUAGUUAGGAAAUGAAAGGACUUUUUAUGAUUUAUCCUUUAAAUUAUUUAAAUUUUUUAAGCUACUAGAAGAAUUCUGGGCAUGUGGGUUAGAAUACUAAAAAAUUAAAAAAAUAAAAAUGAAUAAGAAUUGAAUGAGUAUUUAAAUUCAGGAGAAGAAGCCAAUGGGACCCAAUUAUUGUAUUAUGAUUAAUUGUCACUAGAAUUGGUUAUAUUUGCACUAAAAAUUCUAUUUACUUAUCUAGAAGCAAUGACCGUAUAACAGCCAUAUAUUUGUUCUAUAUAAUAGCUUUAAUUUUCUUGUAUCCUGUAUCCACACAUGAGGUGCACCUAAGAGCAGUCCAACCCACAAUAUUUAUUCGGGUGUGGCAACUAGUCAAAUGAGGCUGACAGAGAAAGAGUAAGCAUUACAAUAUGAGUAAAGGUCAAAAUCCUAAAAGUAGAAAUAAACAGAUGAGAGAAAUGCAUGUGAUCUCAAUAGGUGAAGGUCAAACUCAAAUAUCAGGGAACAAAAACAGAGUUCGGAAUUUAAAAAAGGAAGUAUGGUAUGGUUUGGUUGAAUUAAACUCUUCCAAAGUCAAAACAACAAAGAGGUUGUCUAUAAAGGGUAAUGAAUCCAAUUGCCCCCAUCUUCCUCUCAGCCUCUCACUUAUGCCUAUAGUCAACUCCUCACUUAAAUGUGUUGCCCUAAAUGUCAAUCCCCCACUUUAUAUUUCUCAAAUUCUAAUUCCUACUUUUUUGUCCUCCAUUUAUCAUCAAGGUUAAUUGAAUUCAAAUAUCUCUUUUCCCCAUAAAUGUAACUUCUUUUCUUUUUUUUCUUUUUUUUUCUUUUUUUCCCUCAAUAACAUUUAUAUUCAAAAUGGAAAUACUUGUCAAUUUUUAAAUAAUUUUUUUUGGGGGGUUUCACUGGAAAUUUGAGCAUCUUAAAUUCUAGUUCAAUAGCUCAUCAAGGAAAAUGUAAAGGGGUUGUUGAUGAAAAUAGCGUAAUUCUUUGACUUGUAAUUGAGCUUUGUUGGAUUGACUUGUGCAUGCAGAUCGUAUAUAGAUCUUUUAUUCAAAGCGCUAGCCUAACCCCAACAACAACUCUACAAUUCUCUACCCUUUUUUUGUAAGUGCACCUUCCCCAAUCCCUACUUGCCCAAUUUUCGUCCAUCUAUUAAUAAUUAAAGAAAAAGUAAAAGUGGAAAUUAACAUACAAAGGGAAUUCAACUAUAAUUCAAUUUGUCAUUUUCACAAAGGAAAAUUCACGUUUAAAUCUAUUUAAUCAAUAAACACUUAAUCAAUCCAUUAAAAGAUGUUAAAAUCGUUCCAUUCUAACGCCAAGGCGAAAAUGGUAAGGGCUUGAAACUCGAAGUCAUGUGUAGUACAUAGUCAGUUAAUUAUAUGGCCUACUUUGGAUGGUAUCCACCUUAUUUUUCAUAAUUAUUUAUUUGUGGUUCACUUAAAAUUAUAAUUUUCUUUUCUUUCUUAACGAUGGACUUUAGGGAGACCAUCGGCUCCAAAAAAUGGUCCAAAAACAUUGAUGAUAUUUAAGUGAAUUGUGGACGGGUUGACGUUGCUUAAAUUACUUGUUGAAGUGCUAAUUCCCUAUUUUCUAUUUAAACUGAUUAAACUUCUGUACUGUACUAUUAUUUUGCAUUACUUUUGAAACUUGUGCGUAUUAUUAACUUGCAUCUAUUUUGAGAUCUUAAUUCGUGAAGUCAUAAUAUAAUCUAGUAAGAUACAAGAAUAUGAUAGGACAGGACAAAAGCGGGAGGCCUAGAUUAUUAGUUAAUGACAUUAAUUACUUGAAUCCACAAAAUUAACGUUAAUCAUGCAUAUUAUAAAACUAGAAGUUGAUUUUGAGACAAACACAAUAAUAUAUAUAUAUAUAUAUAUAUAUAAGGUCGAUCGAGAGCAACCUAAUCAAUAUCUAUAUAUAGUUUUAGUUUUCCACUUGUUCAUCAAAUACAAUAAGUUUUUUUCUGCCGUCUACAUAUAGAUUUCACAACGACAAUAUAACAGAAGCAAUUCCAAAACAUUCAAACUAGUAAAUAAAUCUCUUUUAAGUCUAACACGAAUUAAAGAAAAGCACUAUUUGAAAGCAAAGUUUUGCGUUGAGAAAGUAGAUAGGUAGUUGGCAACUUGUUUGCAGAUUGCACAAGAUUACUUUAUCUUUCCUUUUUUUUGAUUAUUUAUUUACUUUCGGCGAUCUCACAUGCUAUUUCAUUUUAAAAUUUCUUAUUAUUGUCUUAAACAAUCAGAUAAAAUCUCCAUUGGAUUAUAUAAUAAUAAUAAUAAAUUUUUUGCUUCUUUCUGUCUGUGUCUCGGAUGGGAAAAAAUGGUUAUAUAUAAAGAGAUGCUGGCUCUCUGUAUUACUUUAUGGCUACCCUGAAACUCUCUUCCAUUUUCUUCUUAUCUUUCCCGGGUUUAUGCAUGGAAAGGUGUCUCAACUCGGUGACUGGGCGAUUUUUGACUCAGUUCGUCCUUGUCUCAAUCAUUCUUCUAUAUGCACCCAUUUUGUCAUGUAGUAAAUCCACCAACCAACAGGAGCUUCUCAAAGGUUUCAAAGCCACAGUGGAUACUUCAGUCCCAUCGUUUCAAGCUCUGCUUCGCGAUCCAACAGGAAAUUUAUCACUGGGUUUCCUCAAAACCGACCGAACCUAUCUCUCUCUCGCUGUACUUCAUCUGCCUUCCUCUGAACCAAUUUGGGUUGCAAAUCCGACUCGUUUAACUCAUUGGUCCGACCGCACUCGGCUCAUUUUCGAUGGCAAUCUUGUGAUUUCAGAUCCUCACGGUAAAGUAGUCUGGUCAACGGGGACUCAAGGUGAUCGAGUUGUGCUCCUCAACUCCUCCAAUCUGCAAGUUCAAAAGCUCGAUGACUCUGUUUUAUGGCAAAGUUUUGACUUUCCCACGAAUAGCAUCGUCGAGAACCAGAAUUUCACGACCAACAUGACACUGGUUUCAUCAAAUGGGCGUUACUCGAUGCGUUUAGGGAAUGAUUUUAUGGGUUUGUACGCAAAUUUCAAACAGGACUUUGAGCAAAUAUAUUGGAGGCAUAAAGCAAUGGAAGCCAGAGCACGUAUAAUUGAAGGACAAGGGCCUAUUUACGCGCGAAUAAACCCUGAUGGAUAUCUGGGUAUGUACCAAACCGGAAAUCAACCCGUGGAUGUGCAACCCUUUAAUAAUUUUCAAAGACCCAUCAACGGGCUCGUCCGGAUCCGGUUAGAACCCGACGGAAACCUUAAAGGAUACUACUGGGACGGGUCGAACUGGGUGUUGAACUACCAGGCGAUUGACGAUCCUUGCGAGCUCCCGAGUCAAUGCGGUUCGUACGGUUUGUGUAGAGCCGGGGAAGGUUGUUCUUGUUUGGAUAACCAGACGGAGUUUCAUCCCGGCGAGUGUUCGCCGCCGGAGACCGGUGACCUGUGCGGAGGAGUAGCUAAAAACAACUUCCGGGUCCAGAGAAGGAAAGGUGUUGAGGUUCCAUUCAAGGAGCUAAUGGCAUACGAUACGAUGUCGUCUUUGGAGGAAUGCGAGAGCUCCUGCGAAAGGAACUGUAGCUGUUGGGGGGUGGUGUACAACAACGCUACCGGGUUUUGUUACACGGUGGACUACCCGAUCCAAACCAUGGUGGACGUUGGGGAUGAGACCAAGGUUGGGUAUUUUAAGGUGCGGAAAGGUGCAGAUAAAGGGAAAAAGAAGGUGGGACUUGGUCUUGGGAUUGGUGUAGUAGGCGGGGCCCUUGUGAUAUUGAUGGUGAUGAUUGGGUUUGGAAGUUACAGGAUAUGGAAGAGAAGGAGAGGAGUCAAACGGUUCCUGGAGGAAGAAGGUGGAGUUUCACCCGGCCCGUAUAGGGAUCUCGGAUCUGCAAGCUUUAAGUCCAUCGAGAUGUGCAAUAGGUAGAUUAUUAGAUAAUGACGCAAGGGAUGACAUUUUUUGGGAGGCCUAGUGGGGAAUAAGAGUUUGACCGACAACGAUGUGAAUUGUUAAUCAGUAAUCUCGGUUGUUUAGCUGAUGUCUGUGGGGGCCACACUAAUCUUUGUUAUAUGCUUGGUUGCACGAAGUGGGGCAAGCCUUAGUCUAAUGGGGCUGAUCUUUUGUAUGUUGAACUUCGUGCAGAUUCUUGAUUACUGCGGUCUCGGCCCCACCAAACCCAACUUGGAUGCCCCACUUGAACCACUCUGUAGCAUCAUUUCUAAUUUUAUCAAUGAAAUUCUUCAACAAAACCAUUUUCAUUCCAUGCAAUAGGUCUAACGAGAGUUCGUAAAUCUCACUGGAUAUUUUUUAUUUUGGUGCACUUAAAAAAUUUAUCUCCAAAUCAUCUUGAUUGUGAGAUUCACAUUCCACUUACCAAUAUUUGUUGAAAUAUAUAAUAAGCUUUUAGCCAGUAGCAACAUUGAUUGGAGAGCCUCUGAAAAUAACAAGUUAACCAUCUAAUUUAGGUGGCAAUGGAUAAUUUGCCAAAAAUUGAGUAUAAUAUUUCUGGAGCUGUUUUGGUUCUUCGAUGGGGUAAUCAAUUGAUUAAUAAAAAAUAAUUUAAAAUGGAUUGGGGUGCAAUGGGUGGCAUAAGCUGGGGAAUCAAAAUAUGUUGUUGAGUGGAUUUUGUGGAGAAAGCAGUAGAUGUGGUUGGGGAAGACUGAUGCCAAGGAUCUUUGGUAGCUAAGAUAUGACGCAAGGCAUGACAUUCUCGAUUUUG